AUGUCAUUGGAAGAACGUAGGCGCUAUAUAAGCGCUAUAAAAAGAGCCUCAACUGACCAGCGAUUUAGAAGAGAUUACGAAAACCUGAUCAAUAUGCAUGAAAGGCUUUUUUUCGAGAUAAUCCAUGAAGCACAGCAGUUUCUUCCUUGGCACCGCUGGUUCAUACUCCAAUACGAAAAUCUUCUUCGGAGGGUCGAUUGUAAGGUUACUGUUGCCUUCUGGGAUUGGAGUCUUGAUUCCAACCCAUGGGACGCAUCAAACGAGCAGGAACUUUGGCACAGUGGUGACUCUGGGUUCGGUGGGAAUGGCCGGAGAGGCUGUGUGCAGGAUGGACCUUUCAGACAGGGUGUUUGGUCUGCCGUGACACCUACUGGACAGAAGUGCUUAAACCGCGAAUUUAGGGGUAUUCCUCCCGACGCAGCCGCAGUGCGAGAAGUUAUUCUUCAGAAUAAUUUCGUGAUCUUUGAAAGAGAACUCAGGGUUAACCUCCACGACCAAGUACAUUGUCUGAUUGGAGGUACCAUGUGCUCAAGUGAGUCUGCAUCUGCUCCGGAGUUCUUCCUUCAUCACGGUUUCAUCGAUAAAAUCUGGGAUGACAGGCAAAAGAGGACCAGGAACUACGCAUGGCGACGAGAAUCGCUGAUGGGUAGCGGAGGAGUCCAAGCCACAGCGGUGACCAAUCUCUCUCAACAACCAGGAGGCGUACGAGUUGAGUAUGAGGCGUCCCAGAGGGAAAACAGAAUAAUGAGUCGACUAAAAGGUAAGACCUUGCAGAUUACAAGGCUGGUCAGAAACCAGUUAUUAAUUAUUAGCAUUACUUAGUCCCCUGCCUUCAGCUCUCCAUUCUUUGAUUGGGCUUUCAAGCCAUCAAAUAUUUAGUUCCAAACACAUUUUACUACAAUCGACGUCAUCUGAGAUCUACAACUGAACAAACACAUGACAACAUGGAUUCUAUUCGUUUAAUGAUUAUUGAUGUGUCACGGUGUGCACUGAAUCAUAGAUGCAUUUUUAAGGAAGUGACAUACAAAUUUUCUUUAUUUUUAGGCAAGAGUAUCGAGCAAUUGCAUAACACAAAACGCAAGUCGUUUACUAACCUCCUGGAAGCGUCGCUCCGUCUGUUCCAAGUAAGCGCAGAAGAAGCCAAAAAGGCAAAGGAAGACGAGAAGAUACUUCAGCCUGUGAAUGCUGGUUAGGAAGAAGAGGUGGUAACAGCCAGAUCAAUGAAACAUCGUACUUAGAACACAACUUUAACGGGAUAUCAACUGUGAUUUAAAUGCUUCUGUUAGUGCUCAUUACGUACAUCUUGUGUUUUUGAUACUACAUUUUACGCAUGCUUAGCGAGGUCUUUUUUUAGUGAAGCGCAAAAUCUGCAGACUUUGGUGAAGAAGCCCAAGGAAAUAACAAACAAACAAGAAGAUAAACAAAACAACAAACAUAUAGGCACUAGCUUUCAGCUUUCUGGUGGAUAUUGCUGUGGAGUCGUUUUCUUUUUUUUUCGUUUUCUUUAUACAAGUAAUAAAAACUUUGCUCGUACAACAAACGAGGGCUCAAAAACCAACAACCGCCGUUUAUUCAGUACCCAAAAAAAAAGAUGCCGCGGUUUUUGUUCAUUAUCAUACAAAGGGUUUAUAUGCCACGCGUACAGUCAAAUAAAAACUAUUGUAGAUGAGCUGCAUUAAAGAGCAUCAUGUUUAGGUAAUUUGAAUUGCUCCAACUUGAAUUUUUUCAGAUUCUAUUACUCAACUACACCUUGAUUUUUUCUUUGAUUUUUGUUUGCUUUUCUAUUUUUAUUAGAAAGUAUAUUCUAUGUCGAAUGAUUAUGAACUCCGACUGCCAUGUUGGAUUCUUGAUCAAUUCCUAAUUUUAAUUUAAUCAUAUAGGUAAGGAGAGUGAAAACCAAACGUGCCUCUGUGUUCUUUUCAGAUUGCUUCUUUCCCGUUUUUGCUUUUGUUUUGGCUUUGCUUUUUCCUACAUUUGACUUAGAGUAUCGUAAAAAAUAAACCCGCCGUCUGGGUAUAUGUUUAACAGUGGUCCAUAGCCGUAUUUGGGUAACAAAGGUAAAUUUCAGUGCUCUAUAAUAUUAUGAUUAUUCGAUGUAUUAGGGUCACAGAAUUCUUGGUGUAAGAAGCGUUAAAACGUUGCCUACUUUGUACUUGAUUAACCAUAUUUAGCACCAGCGAUGUUGCAUUGGUUACUAGUAACUGGAUCAUGACUAGAAGUGACUUUAGCUGAAUUUGUAGAUGUUAAAGUGCAAUCCAUUUUUGAAGUCUUGAAGGUAAUUAGUGGUUCAAAUAAAGGAGUCAAUUUGUCGUUAAGAGGUUUCAGAUUUUGAAAAACAUUUUUCCUCUAAUGUGAGUACAAGUCGUAACACGCAACUGACUCCUCUCCAGUGAUUGGCAACCGGUGAAAUAAUAAGGGACCUUUAGCAGUUAAGACGGAAACGCUAUGGGAGAAAAAAACGAAUGAUGUUUUUAGAGAGAAUUUCGCGAAUCGCUGGAUGUGUUUA